AUGAGCAAAAAAACAACAAACGCCGGCCGGAGAGAGCCCUCGGCGUUUGGGUCCUUCGACCAGCCCGCCCACAAUGAACCCACGCCCGUCUUGCAGCAACAAAACCCCUCCCCUACAGCCAAUUACAAUCUUCCAGGUGUGAUCUCCUACUUGACGCUGGAAUUCACCCACUUGGAGCGGUUCAAGAUCACGACAAACUUGGAGAAACUGGAGAUGAGCUACAGGAUUCUGCAGUUGACGUCGGAGGUGAACUCGUUGCGGUACAUCAACGACAAACAGGCGGUGAGGAUCAGAGAGUUGGAACAGAAGCUAGGAGAAUCGUCCAUUGGCGAACCCAAAAAGGAUACACAGAUUCCGCAGGUGGACUUGGACGUGUUGAAGGAUUCCAGGAUCCAGCUAAACAAGCUGAUCAGAGACGUGGUGCGUGUUUUGAAGCCCCCUCUGGCCCUCAGUAGAAACUACAUCAACGCACCCAACACGCUGCACGGAACGGAUUUCGACGAAUUGCUCGACGACAGCGAGAAGUUUUCCUUUGAGAACGAGGCCCACGACGAGAAGGUCAGGGAGAGCAUUUUCGCUCGCUACAUGAACGAUGCCAGUGACGAGCCUCUUCUGGGUGCAUUCGAGGACGACGCCCAGCGGCUUGUGGAGCUGGUUCAGGGCGACUUGGAGAACCAGAACUCGCCAAUUUCUCGGAAACCGCCCGCGGAGGACGCCGAAACAGACACGGAAACGGUGAUUGUGGAUGAAACCGAGGAUGCCCUUGCCAGUGCGAAACAGGCGGUGGUUUUUGGCCAGGAGACCCGGCUUUUGGCGAGAAACUGCGUGGUCUUCGAGCCCUUCCAGAACGCCAUCGUGUUCAUGGAGGAGGAGCUGGCCACGGUGUUGGAACUGGGCGUUCCGGCGCUCAAAACGAAACUCGACCACUCCACAGGCCACAUUGUGGGUGUGUACUACCUAGGCAAAAAGCGGCUUUUGGUGGUGGGCCAGAAGGGCGUCAGCCUCGUCACGUCCAAGGAGAGCGGCACGGCCACCACCAAGGUGUUGCUCAAGGAGGAGAAGUUCUUGAUCGACCUGUGCAGCUUGGUGGAGUCUUCUGAUAAGCACUACGCCUUGGCGUUUUCGGGAAUGGGCAAGGACGGCAAGCUGGUGAUUGCAGUGCACGAAAUCAAGCUUGUCAACAAGCCCACGGCCCGUCUUUUGGGCCUGUUCAACAGCACUUUCCUUAAAGCAUGGUCUGAAAAGAAAGACACAGAGGAGGAGCUUCCGUACGACUUGAUUGUUCUACACGAGAAGAUUCAGCGUCUCAACAUCGCCAACAAGAGCCUCGUUGAUAUUAAGCCCGAGGCCGAUUACCACUCCAUAUCUGUUGUUGGCGGUCUUCUACUUGCCGUGCAACCUGAAAGCGUGGAAGUUUACGACCUAAGCGAAGAGAAAACCGUUGGCGUUCUUCCCCGCCACAAACACGCCCAUUACGUGCUUUCCACCCAAAGCGGCCUCUUUGUCGCUGAGGCUCUGGAUCAGGUGGUUGUCUUUGAUAAGGAGAUGCAAGAGCUCGCCAGGCACACCAACCCGAUUGGAUCGCCCAAAUCAGCUUUUCUCAUGGAAAGCGAGGAAGGCACGGUUUUGAUUCUCCAAGGAACGGACGGCAUAUCGAUUCUCCCCGUUGGUCUCGUCUAG